GAAAGAUUUCUUCAUUCAUUUGUCAGAUCAGUGUGAUUUUGUAUCGCCAUCAGAAAGAAAUCGUCUGGAUUUUCAUCAGCAAACCGGAAGCAGAUAAAUAUGGCGACAUUUGUUCGAUCACUUCGUCCAGCCAUGAGAUGUGUCACAUCCCAGGUGAGAACGUAUGCUGAAGCCAGUGGUAAUGAGAUGAAGUUCACACUAGCUGGAGCAAAUCAGGUGUUCUACGACAAAGCCAAUAUCCGUCAGGUCGAUGUGCCCUCUUUCUCGGGGGCUUUCGGUAUUCUGCCAAAGCACGUGCCAACUCUGGCAGUUUUAAAACCAGGAGUUGUUACAGUGUACGAGGAGAGUGGAGAGACGAAAAAAGUAUUCGUUUCGUCAGGGACAGUAACGAUCAAUGACGACUCUAGUGUUCAAAUUUUGGCCGAAGAGGCACAUGCCAUCGACGCUCUGGACAAUUCAGCAGCGAGAGAUAUUCUGAGCAAAGCUCAGCAACAGCUGAACUCAGCAUCAUCGGACAAAGACAAGGCAGAAGCUGCCAUCGCAGUGGAAGUGGCAGAGGCACUCGUGCAGGCUUCCUCAUAAAAUUGCAUCGAUUAAAUCUAAACAACUGUUGGAAUUCUAGAAAUGAACAUUAGAUCGUCUGUUACUCAAUUGCCCUUUAAUUCGUGAAUAAAACAAACGCCUGAAGACCAA